AUGGCGACAUCCGCCAUCUUUGCACUCUUCGCUUUACCAUACAUCCUCGCCUCUCCGCAUCCUCCACCAUAUUCUCCUUCAAAGGAGCUCGCUCUGAGGGACAUAAGUGAUAAAUCCUAUGCGCCGUACAAAGUAGAAUGCCCAACGGGAUGGACAUGGAUUAGAAAUGCUACAGAAGGGUUAUCUCAGGGGGAGAAGGACUUUGUCGCCAAUAGACAGAAAGUCACUGGUCCAACUAUAAACACCAUGGCUUCUAAUCAGGGGAUAACAAACCCUCCCAGAACGCCUACGAUUGGGGUAGCUUUGGCUGGAGGAGGAUAUAGGGCGAUGUUGACGGGUCUAGGGGGUAUAAUGGGUAUGAUGAAUGAAUCUUCUGAAGCUGCUGCCAGCGGAACGGGAGGAUGGCUGGAUGGAGUGACAUAUUGGGCUGGGUUGAGUGGUGGGAGUUGGGCAACGGGCAGUUUCAUGGCGAAUGGUGGUGAAUCACCAAUCAACUUGCUGAACAAUCUAUGGAACCUAGAUUCCAAUCUGAUAUUCCCCUCAGACGGCAAAUUAUCAUUCUACACAACUCUCGCAUCCGAAGUAAAUGCAAAAUCAGAUGCAGGUUUCCCUGUCCAACUGACCGAUCUAUGGGGUUUGGCAAUUGGCUCACACGUCUUGCCGACUGAGUAUCAACUCACCAACAAACCGAAUCUCACUCUAUCAUCGCUUCCAUCGGUAGUGGAGAAACUGGGUAAUGGGUCAUUGCCUAUGCCAAUCAUCAUCGCAGCAGAGAGGGAACAAGGUGAAUUGGUCAUUGCUGAAAAUGCGACGGUAUGGGAGUUUAACCCAUUCGAAUUCGGUUCAUGGGCUUUUGGAAGUACCGUCAAGUCCAUUGGAGCAUUCACGAAUCUGGAAUAUCUGGGGAGUGAAUUGAAUAAUGGUGAAACUAAUGGAACUUGUUAUAAAGGAUUUGAUCAGUUGUCUUACGUGAUGGGGACUUCAGCUACCCUGUUUAAUAGCGCUCUACUCACUCUCAAUAAUUCCGACUCUGGUCUAGUGACCAACCUCAUUGAAGGGUUCCUGCAAGAUCUAGGAGAAGACCAAUAUGAUAUUUCGAGAGUACCCAAUUCUUUCGCUAAUUAUAACCCAGGUGGAAACCCAAUCUCAUCUUUCGAAUACAUCACGCUAGUCGACGCAGGCGAGACAAACCAGAAUAUCCCUAUCGAACCCCUCCUCAUCCCCUUCCGAGAAGUAGACGCCAUCAUCGCUUUCGACUCAUCGUAUGACUCACCAUACAUCUGGCCAAACGGUACUGCCCUCAGAACGACUUUCGAGCGAGCCAAAGUCCUCGCUGAGAACACGGGCACUCAAAUUAGAAUGCCUGAAGUACCAUCCGAGAAUGGAUUUAUCAAUGGCGGAUACAACACUAGGCCUACUUUCUUUGGAUGCAAUGAUACGACUACUCCCUUGAUCAUCUAUGUGCCCAGUUAUCCUUGGAGUUCGGCAGCUAACACUUCUACCUAUCAACUUGAAUACUCAGAUGAACAAGCUCGUGAAGUAAUGUACAACGGUAUGCGUUCAUUCACCUUGAAUGGGACGGUGGAGACAUGGCCCAAAUGCCUUGCUUGUGCUCUUACCGACCGAUCUUUCGAAUAUACUUCGUCAAACCGUACAGCAGAAUGUCAAAGUUGUUUCGAUACGUGGUGUUGGGCAGGUGACGAUAAUACUACUCAACCGAAUACGUAUAAUCCAGAGAUUGACAGUGUACCCCCCUGGUUGACGGUCAAUAGCUUGAGUAGUGGUAAAGCAGAUGCAAAAGGUGUGGAGAAUACGACGAGUAGUAAUACUAGCAGUAGUGCUGGAUCUAGAGUGAUGAGUGGUACGAGCUGGUCGAGGAGUCUUUUGCUGGGAUUGGGACUAGGAUCCAUCAUGCUCAUAUGA